CUCUUGUUUUCGCUCCGGAUUCUCCAUGUUGGACCCAAACUGAGGAGCCCGGAGCUGCUGCCGGGGGAUCGGGGCCGGGGGCACCCGGGGGAGCCGCUGCCCGGGCCGCCUGCCCUCCGUAUAGGCCGCCUCCCUUCCCGGCCCUGGGAGGAAACGAGAGCAGGGAUGUGAACAGCUGUGGGAGUCCGAGUCUUGGGAGCCGGAGCCGGAGCGGGCCCCCGCCCAGGCCCCCCAGCCCAGCCCAGCCUGCGCGCCCGCCGGUCCUCCCGCCCAGCCAGCCCGGGUCCGUGGGAUUGUUAGAUGGAACACGGCUCCAUCAUCACCCAGGCGCGGAGGGAAGACGCCCUGGUGCUCACCAAGCAAGGCCUGGUCUCCAAGUCCUCUCCUAAGAAACCUCGUGGACGGAACAUCUUCAAGGCCUUUUUCUGCUGUUUUCGCGCCCAGCAUGUUGGCCAGUCAAGCUCGUCCACUGAGCUCUCUGCAUACAAGGAGGAAGCCAACACCAUUGCUAAGUCGGAUCUGCUCCACUGUCUCCAGUACCAGUUUUAUCAGAUCCCGGGGACCUGUCUGCUCCCAGAGGUGACAGAGGAAGAUCAAGGAAGGAUCUGCGUGGUCAUUGACUUGGAUGAAACACUUGUGCAUAGCUCCUUUAAGCCAAUCAACAACGCUGACUUCAUAGUGCCUGUAGAGAUUGAGGGGACCACUCACCAGGUGUAUGUGCUCAAGAGGCCUUACGUGGAUGAGUUCCUGAGACGAAUGGGGGAACUCUUUGAAUGUGUGCUCUUCACUGCCAGCCUAGCCAAGUAUGCCGACCCCGUGACGGAUCUGCUGGACCGGUGUGGCGUGUUCCGGGCCCGCCUGUUCCGGGAAUCCUGUGUGUUCCACCAGGGCUGCUACGUCAAGGACCUCAGCCGCCUGGGAAGGGACCUGAGGAAAACCCUCAUUCUAGACAACUCGCCCGCCUCUUACAUCUUCCACCCGGAGAAUGCGGUGCCCGUGCAGUCUUGGUUUGAUGACAUGGCAGACACUGAGCUGCUGAACCUGAUCCCGAUCUUUGAGGAAUUGAGUGGAGCAGAGGAUGUCUACACCAGCCUUGGGCAGUUGCGGGCCCCUUAGCCUUCCCUGCUUCCAAGCAGUGGCCAUCCCAGUAGGGGACUUUCCUACACUGUGCCUUUAUGAUCAGCCUGACGGAGCAGAAGCUGAAGCAUCUCACCAAGUGGGGCCUGGAGGAGAAGUGACUGGAAAGGGCUUUAGGACAGGAUAAGGUGCCAAGUGGGCACGUAGCAGACCAACGACUCCCAGAGCUGCCUGCUCCCUGAGUUGGGUUCCCAAGUGAGAGAGAGAGAGAGAGAGAGAGAGAGAGUGUGUGUGUGUGUGUGUGUGUGUGUGUGUAUGUCUGGUCUCUGUGUGUCUGUGUCUCACCCUGAACUGUGGCCCCACGAUACAUGUUCAGGUUAAGGGAAAAACUGAAAGAUCAAGACUCCCCAGGUUAGUCUGCCUCCUCUCCAGCCCUGAGAGCCCCCGUGCUCGGUAGGGAUGAAGACUGUUGAAGGCUCUGUUGCCAAACUCAUGACCUUUCCUUGGUGUUAGAAGGCUCAUGCCAAGGAGAAAGGGCAAAUCAGAGGCUGCCUUCAGGUAUCCCAGGCACACGCCUUUCUGAUACUUUUCUCCAGCCAGCUACUGCAGACAGAACGACAACAUUUCUGAAAAGAAAAGCUUGUUUCCAGAACCAGUAGCCCCAGCAUCCAUCAAGUCCUGUGGUGUGAGGGCUGCACAUGCCUCCAGCCAAGUGCCUGGCAUGGACCCUUUCUGUGUCUCCCCAAGGCUUGGGUGCUGGGCCUGCCUUCCUCAUCGCCUAGCCAUAGUCUUGAACCUUUGGGGAAGGAGGUCUUCUCCCUGGCCUGGAAGAGGACAAAUAAGGUUUCCGUUCUUUUGACUCUCUUUUAAAAUUCUCUUUCUAAACAUGGGAGUGUUGGGCCUGUUUUGUUUCUGACAAAGCUGCAGUCCUGGGCCCGAGAUGAAUGUGGGAGGCCCUGGGGGUGCAGGGAUGAGGAGAACCCCCAAACCAUGAACGUGUGUGUCCCCUUGGCUUGUAGAUCAGCUGAGCAUGGGACCAUGUCCCUAAGUCUGCUCUUCAGGGAUUCUCUGCUGGUGCUGGUGUGAGGACUUCUAUUCCAAAGUCUGGGAGGGUCGCUUGGAGCCCACGCCCGCCCUGCUUCCAGGGCUGUUUCCUGUGUCCCCCCCCACCCCCGCCCGCCCCCCGGGCCUGGCCUGUGCCUCUCACUCUCUGGUUCUGUCUCAUCCCUCCUGUGCUGUUGCUUUUUUGCUCCAGGGCCUCAGAGGCACUCCUGCUUUCCCUAGCUGAGAAGAGGGGCAUUCUCUUCAUUCUCUUCAUUUCCUUUGCCACCCUAAUGCACAUGCCUCCUGCCUCCCAUGACAGGUGUGAGCGAGCCCUUGACACACCUCGGCUUUGCGUGUCUCUCGCUUUCCAAGUUUCUUAGUAGCGAAUGCUUUUAAAAAUUGCCACAAAAUGGAAGUUUCCUGAGGAUGGAGAAGGGGAAGUGCUGCUGUAAUUGGGAGCACAAGGGUAUCCCAAAAGGGAGCCCCACCCCAGCAUCACUGCCUUAAUUAUGGCCUCCCCUGGGGCUGGCUGGGGUUGUCUCCUGUUCUCCCUUCCUCCUUCCGUCCCUCCCUCCUCCUGGGGCAGGAGGCAGUUCCUCUCCCCAUCUCUGCUUUCCCUGGAGGCAGGGGGUCACAAAGCAUUUGAGGACACCCCCCUCAGGACUCUUCCCUAUUAUCCUUUUCAGUGUCCACACACUGGGUUCAGCCUGAGGAAUUGGCCAGUUUUGAGCCAGCCAGGUGGUGGGGCAGCAGCUUGGUCUUCUGAGAGGUAGUGGGCUGACUGGCAUCAUUCUCUAAGCAUUUGGUAUCAGCCCCCCUCCUUGUCCCAAGGUUGUAUGGCCAUGUCUUUCCUACUGGUGUCACAAAAGUGGAACAGAGUCCCUGGUGAUGUGUGGUCAUUUCCCCCAGUACCAUUCCCCAGUGCCCUUGGGGUCCUACAGGUAAAGGAGGAGGGGUCCGGUGCUAGCCAGGAAUGAGACCUCCUGAGGGGAAAUGGGACUUUCUGAUUCUAAGGCCCUCUCUGGGCCUUUAUCCUAAUACUGUGGAAGGGGCCUCUCUCCCAGGCCCCACCCUGAGGGUUAGCCUCUGGGCCAAAUCUGCCACCAGGGCCCAGCCAAACUUUUCUAAGCAAUAAGCAGCUCUAAGCUGAUCCAGUUUUAGGACCCUUCCUGCCCUCCUUUGGGUCUCCCAUGUUUUUGCCAGUGAGGGAAGAGCCUGUGCCCCCCCCCUUUCCUAACAGGCUCAUCCAAAUGCUCCAAGUGUGACUCAUGAUUACAGCCCAGGAUAUCUUGGUGAGGGGUGUCCCUGCCGCUUCUGCAUGAAACCUCUGCUCUCUAGGCCUUGUUCCCAUCAGAACCCUGCCCUGCCCUGCCCACCUGCAGGUCCUCAGCAGGAAUAUCCCAUUCCCUCUUUCCCCCUUCUCCUGCUACUGGCAGAGAAGGAACUUGGCCAAAUAAACCUAAACAGGGUCCAUCCAUGUGGACCAGAGCCAGCCUGAAGUCAUUAUUUACUGUCUGGUUUCCAGUUUCACAGUGUGUUAGGGGCGAGUGAUGAUUGAUUGCCAAACGCUCCUCAGAGGGAUCAGCCAGCCUCUGGGGGGGAGAAGGGCAAGAUUGGGAGGGAAGCAGUUUAGCCCAGAAUCUGUUCUGGGGCUUCCCGUCAGCCCUUCCUGUUGGAGGCUGUCCUCAAGAGGCAGUAGGCCACUGUGCCUGGUCAGCCCCAACUCGAGCCAUACCCAGAAUCUGCCCACCUGCCAGCUUCAGUUCUUCAAGGUGCCUCUUCAGGGACACAGUGUGUGUGUGUCUCUCUGAUUGGGCUUCUAAAUCAAAAGCCUGAUGUUCGUGUCCCUCUCAUAGGGGGAGCUUUGGACACAGGACCAGUCUGGAAACAGUCAAGGGAAGAGUUUCCACUCUGCACAUUGUAGAGGGGAUGCUCUGUAGGCCCGUGGGUCCUUUCCUCUAGAGAGGUUGAGUAAAUUUGCCUUCAGUUAACCCAGGACCUUCUGUUUAGUUCCCUCCUGCCUCCCAAAGAUUUUGACCAUUUUGUUAAGUGUUUCAGCUCACCUCUGUGAACAGUGGCCAAGAAGCAUCUUUGUGCUAAAAGCAUGAGAAGUCUAUAAAGGCAGUUGUUCCCUGGGAGACAGAUCCUGUUCAGAUCUGCUGCCCCUGCCCUGUUCUUGAGGCCUCCUUCAGGAGGGCAGCCCUCCAUGUAGGGCUGUCCUAAAUCCCAUGUGCCAGCCAGGCCAAGUGUCUGUGGAAGGUAAGCCCCUUUUUCCCUUCAGGUCUUCUAUUGGUUACCAUUGCUAUUCCUCAACCACUUUUUGUAAAAUGGGGUUAGUUUUGUCUUUUUUUUUUUUUUUUUUUUAAUGCCAAUAAUUACUUGCAUUCAAGCAGAGGAGGGAAGGCGGGGUGACCUGCUGUCCUACGCCCUGCUCUAGGUCCUGCCCCUGGAGCAGACCAUCCUCUUUGGGCCCUAUGAGCUUCGCUUAUAGUUAUGCCAAGUUCAACACAUUCCACGUCCUGCUGCUUUCCCCCUCAAGAUGCCAUGUGGAGGGCAGAGGAUCUGCUUCCCACUGUGACUGGGCUGUGGGACUCUGACUACCUUGCUUACAUAUUCAUGGUUUGAUAAAUUUGUUGUAUUCAAAACUUGAAAUGUAGAACGCCAUUAAGUGUCUGUUUAUAUUUUUGGAAUAUUUGUAUUACUUACAAUUAAUUAAUAAAAGCGGGUUUUAAAAACCCAUCCAGAAAUGGGA